AUGAGCGGACUGAACCAAAUCCCGUCCAACAAUAGGGGUGACCACCAGGCCUUGAACCGAGACUACGAGAAAUCUGGCUACGACAAGGGCCACCUAUACCCCGUCCAUCACACCUCCACCCAUUCCUCCAUGAUAGCCACCUCCACCUUGACCAACGCCGCACCCCAAGACCCAGGCUUCAACCGGGGCCAGUGGAGGGUACAUGAAGAGGACCUCGCUGAAUUACUGAAUAACGCCUGCUCCAAGGCCUAUGUGGUCACAGGUAUAGUGCCUGGUGACACCCAGAUAGGUGAUGGUGUAAAAGUGGCUAAGUACUACUGGAGCGCAUACUGUUGUGUUAGUAAGAGUCACACUACAGAGUCUGCAGGGUAUAUUGGUCCUGAUAACAAUGGCAAAGUGCAAACGCUGACUGUGAAAGAUCUGGAGACUAGACUCAGUGGUCCUGGAUAUUAUGGUACACCUUUCUAUGUGUUCCAAGGUAGAUGCUAA